AUGCUGCCCUCAUAUGCAUCCUCCGGGUCCAAGGUGAUGGCACGGCAUCAUGCCGGCGCAUUCGCAAACGGAUACCCAAGAGGAGACACCUUUGAGAUCUCGCCGCACAGAUUCCAGCCUCGAGGUGCGACGCCUGCCUUCCGAAGACGACGGUGUCUAUUCGUACGAAUCGCGGUGGUCCUCGCGGUGGUAGCGCUGUUUGGCCUGUUCGUCUGGCCUAAGGGAUCGAUCGCAGGGCUCUUCUCGCUCGGCCUGCUGUCCGGAGCAGAGGACUUCCAGCUGGAGACGGUGCGGUAUUACGACCUGUCUAAUGUCCAGGGCACCGCCCGCGGCUGGGAGCGCGAGGAGCGCAUCCUGCUCUGCGUGCCGCUGCGCGACGCCGAGAACCACCUGCCCAUGUUCUUCUCGCACCUGCGCAACUUCACCUACCCGCACCACCUGAUCGACCUCGCCUUCCUGGUCAGCGACUCGAAGGACAGGACGCUGGACCUGCUGUCGCAGAGCCUCGAGCAGAUUCAGGCCGACGAGGACCCGGCGCAGCACUACGGCGAGAUCUCGAUCAUCGAGAAGGACUUUGGCCAGAAGGUCAACCAGGAUGUGGAGAGCCGUCACGGUUUCGCGGCACAGGCUAGCAGGAGAAAGCUCAUGGCUCAGGCUCGGAAUUGGCUUUUGAGCGCAGCCCUACGUCCGUACCAUUCUUGGGUCUACUGGCGAGAUGUGGACGUGGAGACGGCUCCCUUCACUAUUUUGGAGGAUCUGAUGCGCCAUAACAAGGAUGUCAUCGUUCCAAAUGUGUGGCGACCGCUGCCUGACUGGCUGGGCGGAGAGCAGCCGUACGAUCUGAACUCAUGGCAGGAGUCCGAGACGGCCCUGGCAUUGGCUGACACCUUGGACGAGGAUGCGGUCAUUGUCGAGGGUUACGCGGAGUAUGCUACUUGGCGCCCGCAUUUGGCCUACCUUCGUGAUCCUUAUGGUGACCCGGACAUGGAGAUGGAGAUUGAUGGUGUUGGAGGUGUCAGUAUCCUGGCCAAGGCCCGCGUCUUCCGCUAUGGAGUGCACUUCCCGGCUUUCAGCUUCGAGAAGCAUGCUGAGACAGAAGGCUUUGGAAAGAUGGCAAGGAGAAUGGACUUCUCCGUAGUUGGAUUGCCUCACUACACGAUCUGGCAUCUUUACGAGCCUAGUGUUGACGAUAUCAAGCAUAUGGAGGAAAUGGAGAAGGAGAGACUGGCCCGGGAAGCUGAGGAGAAGCAGAAAGCAGAAAAGGUGGAGAAAGUCAAGGAGCAGUUCGCCGACGCCAACGGUCAGUGGGAGAAGGAUAAGUCAGACAUGCAGAAGCUCGCCCAACAGGAGAAGAAGCAGGCGGCUGAGGUACCAGCCCAGCCCAAGGAUGGCAAGCCCGUCCAGGAGAAGGUCAAGGCUGCCGACGGUGCUGCUAAGGGCGUCCCUAAGCAGCAAUGA